UCUUGUUUACAGCGCCGUUCCUGGCAACAGCGUCAUCAGCAGUCUGUGUGAGGCCGGAGGCGGGAGCGCGCAGCAAACAGCCAAUCCGCGGGGCGCGCGGCGCGCUAUAAAGGCGGCGCAGGCGGCCGGCCGCCCGUCAUAAGGAAAGUGAGGAGAAAAGUUUCCGAAGAAGCGCAGUGGAAUGAAAAGUCCUGACUUAAUCAGUGGAUCCCGCUUUGAUUCCAACUAAAGGCGCAGCGCUGCCAGACUACAAACUGCUAAAGCAGAAUAUGAACUUGAACUUCACCGAUUCAUAUCGGAACUCCAACUUCAAGCCUCCGCUCCUGCGCGCCGACACCGACUUCUACCCGGCGGGGACGGCGGACGUGGGCUCGCUGAAGCUCGCCUCUCCGGAACUCGAGCGGCUGAUCAUCCAGAACAGCAACGGGAUCAUCACGACCACCCCCACCCCCACGCCGUACCUGUACAACCGCGGCAUCACCGAGGAGCAGGAGGGCUUCGCGGAGGGCUUCGUCAAAGCUCUGGACGACCUGCACAAGAUGAACCAGAUGGCUCCUCCGAACAUCUCCAUCGGUUCUGGCGGGGUGGGCUGCCCGGCUCCGUCCUCCGUGUUCGGCCCGUCCAUGCAGCCCGAAGCUCUAGAGUACACGAACCUGAGCAGCUGCAGCACGAACGGCAGCCUGAGCUCUGCGCCCAGCUACCCCCCCAGCACCAUCAGCUACCUGCAGCAUCACCAGUUCCAUCAGCAUCCUCAGGCCGUGGCGCACGGCUCCCACCACUUCCAGCACUCCCUGUCCGGGGCCCCCAUCCACACGCAGCGCUACGGGGGCCUGAAGGAGGAGCCGCAGACGGUCCCCGACAUGCAGAGCAGCGACAACGGCUCUCCUCCCAUGUCUCCCAUCGACAUGGAGAACCAGGAGCGGAUCAAAGCGGAGCGCAAGCGGCUGCGGAACCGGCUCGCCGCCUCCAAGUGCCGGAGGCGCAAGCUGGAGCGCAUCGCGCGCCUGGAGGACAAAGUGAAGGUGUUGAAAACGGACAACGCGGGCUUGUCGAGCACGGCCUCCCUGCUGCGGGAGCAGGUGGCGCAGCUCAAACAGAAAGUCAUGACGCACGUCAGCAGCGGCUGCCAGCUCAUGUUAGCGCCCAAAGUCAAGUCCUACUGAAGACACGCUGCACUUUUUGGGUUUGUUGGAAACACUGGACAAGAACUGCACUGAAGGACACGCAGUCUGCGCGCGUGACAACCGAGACUCGCGGGGUUCUGGUGCGUCAGCAGAACCCCGCGAAACCUCAGCCAGAAAACACUUGGGGCAUUUGAACACCUUCUCAGAAGUGUCGUCCCGGUUUUACCCGUUUACACUGUCGUUUGUGACGCUCUCACUGUAAAUUAUUUGUGCUCAUCAGGUUGAACCGGGUGAUCCUCCUAUUUUGUACUUGUAAAGUAUAUAUUUAAGUAAAUGAAGUUAAGGAACCGA